AAAAUUCGUCCGAGCAUCUUAGUUGACCGCAGCUCAGCCGCCAGUCGAGACGGAACCAAGCAUGCUGCUGUCCACACAACUCACGGACCACCUCAAAGUGUACUUGACGCUUCUUCUGGAUGCGAAAGACCUGCUCUCUCUCUCGCUUGUGUGUCGCACCUGGUAUAUCUUUUGCAACGAAGAGCCAUUGUGGAUGAUUCAAGUCCUUCGCAAGCACCAAGGGAACUUUACGUACCAUUCGUUUGCGUGGAAGCAUGUGUACUUUCGGCCACGGCCAUUGUCGCCGUCCGAUACGUCACCGCCGCCUCCUCCUCGACCGUCCAUUUCAAUGCCGACAAAUGCAUUCACAUCAGAUUUUCUCUAUCGGCGCUAUUGCCGCUGCCACAUGAACGUAUCCACAUUUACGCCGCCUUGCAUCGACUCCCGCAUUCCUCGCGUGGCCAUCGCGGGCGUCACCCCCACGACGUUCUUUCGUGAAUUCGCUCGUCGUCCUGUGCUUCUUACCGACGCGAUGGCAUCUUGGCCCUCGUUCACCCCAGGUUUUUGCGCAUAUACACCGCCGCAACCUUGGAGCGUUCAAACUCUGUAGGGUCCCCAAACCAGUGGACAAUGGAGAAGUUGGUGGCUCGUUUCGGCGACAUCUUGUGCCGUGUGACCCACAACCUAGACGUGAAGGCCGCCGUUCGCAUGACGCUGUCCGACUUUGCCGCGUACGCCGCCGCCCAGCAUGACGACUCGCCACUGUACAUCUUUGAUCCGCACUUUGGCGCGUCGAUGCCAUCCCUUCUCAGCGACUACGUUAUCCCAAACGUGUUCAACGAAGAUUUGCUUGCGGUUCUUCCGCUUGAAAUGCGUCCAGACUUUCGAUGGCUUGUCGUUGGUCCCGCCCGUUCGGGCGCUUCAUGGCAUGUCGAUCCUGCCAAGACUUCUGCAUGGAACGCGCUACUUGUCGGGCGGAAGCGGUGGGCACUGUACCCACCUGGACGUUGCCCACCAGGGGUGACCCUUCUGGAUGAAGACACGGCAUCCCCAGCCACGUCGUCCCUCGAUUGGUUUUUGCACGUGUACCCGACGUUGUCCGACGCCGACCGCCCGUUCGAGGUUGUCCAAGAGCCUGGCGAUGUCAUUUCGGUGCCAAGUGGGUGGUGGCACGUCGUGCUCAACUUGGAAUUUACCAUUGCUGUGACUCAAAACGUUGUUGAUUCGCACAACGUGACCUGCUUUGCGCACGACUUGAUCGCGGAUGGCAACGUCGAGCGGUUGACGCACAUCCGUUCGCUUGUGGCCCCAACCCACCCGUCCCUCGGCCAUUUGCUAUCUCUCCACACUAUGCCGGUGGACGAAGGGUACUUGAACGAGCCGGCCAUGGUCCAACAUGCGUUUUCCGAAACGACGACGUGGCAGCCACGCAUCCGCAGUGUCUUUGCCGAUACCCCCAACUUGGUGAACGCGAUAGAAGCCCACCUGACGCGCCACCCGUGGACGCGACCGAUUCAGGCGCUUACGUCCCGAGUGAACCCAACGUUUAGCGUCCAUGAUCUGUUUGUGGUCAAAUGGUUCAGCCCACUCAACCGGCUCUGGGGCGAAUGCCAUGAAGCGCAUGUGCUGACCUUGGAUUUUCCCAAACUCCAGAGCUCGUCCACGCCAGGACAAGGGCCUCAAGACAGCCCCAACCCAAGCGCUUUGUCGCGACUGCUCGAAGCUGCCUUUGACAUGGAGCAGCUCGUGUACACGUUAAUGCGUGAAAUCGCGACGUCGUUGGCGCCGUCCAUGGUCGCAUCGGGAUACCUACCAGACCGACCGAAAAAUGCCAUUUGGAAAUGGCCAUAUGUGGUCACAACGUACGAUCCAGCUGCCACUUCGCUGGCUCACGCUGUCAAGACCCACGGAGGCUUGCUACGGUCGAGCUGGUUCGGGCUGGUUGAAUGGCUUGGACAAGACUGGUUUCCGAUGUUUCACGGGUUGCAGGUGCCAUCUCGUCCUGGUGUGCUUGGCACCGAUAUUGCGAGCAUCCAGUGGUACAUUCAGUAUCUCCAACGGCUUCGCGACGGCUGCUUUGCAGUGCAUGCCUCAAACCAAGUCAUUCCAGCGCGCCUGCUCUGCCAACUCGACUCGUAUCUCCCGCGCAACGCAGCGACCCUCGUGACCGCCGCUACGCCCGUCGUCUUGCUACACCAAGACUUGACGGACGAAAACAUAUUGGGUCAUGUGAGGAACGCAUCGAGUCCAUUGGUGGCUGCGCUGUCCACCCUUCCUCCGCUGGAUCGAACGGCGCUGGAAGCGUACUGCUCCACUCAUGGCAUUCAGUCUGUCGACGACCUCAUCGACGUCGAGCCGUGGGAAGACGAAACGGGCACGUCCGACGCAACGCGAUGGAAGCUUUUCAAACAAUUCCACGUCGAGUCUGCCCUUGCCACGUCAUUUGUCCUCGCGCCCGAUCCAAAUCAAGACAGCGAAGAUGGCGACGACGACCGAGUGAAUUUGGACGGCGAUGUGCAGUGGACGCCUUGCCUCGUGAUCGAUUUCGCCGACACCAAGACGGGCGACCCGUUAUGGGAUCUCAUUCCAGUUGUGUUUUCGAUGCUGCACGGCGACAUUUCGUUGUGCCGCGCGUUGUUGCAGUCGCCGUACUGGACCAGCGUCAUCGCGACCCACUCGAACAAGUCGUCGUUGUGCCACGUCUUGAUGCACCUGACCCUACUCCAUCCCAGUCAGUCCAUUCCCGCGCUCUUCCACCACUUCCCAGGCGCUCGCACACUGGCAACGUGGGAGGACGUUGCUCUCCACGUAUUUGGCCCCAUGGUCGACGGAUUGUCGAGCAACUGUGCUCCUCUCAACAAUUUCCACGACGAGGCAGUCGCAACCAAGCGCACAGUGUCCGCUGCGCCGUGAGCGAGCGAGCAUAUCUCAAUGCGUGACGAUUCCAACGCGGCUCUGUAGUGUGGCGCAUGUUAAAAACAAUCUGUCGAGCACUACAACUUCGCUGAACGAGUUGCCUCCAACGUGUUUGUGGACGUCGUGUGGAAAUCGAACGAGUGACUCGAGUCGAUCGCGCUGCUGUGGUCGUGAAAGCGCUUGACGGUCUACUUCGGCUGUCUUUUCU